GUAGGUUGCGUCUGGUGGAGGGAGAGUGAGCGGGGCUGCCCUGAAUGGAUUGACAUAAGAGGGAUUUACAUUUUAACGGGUGUCGUGCUCCGCAAAGACUACACGGUGCACGUUGAAAACCAACUAUUCUUCCGCUCGAUGUAUGUUCAUGUUGGUGCUUUUAUCAUGUCCAUGUGUCAUCGUCGAGAGAGGAUUGAACUUGCCAGCAGUCUAUAUUUGCCGAGGAGGGAAACCAAUACAAGGUCUCGCUGUCUCGCUGGAGCGGAGUAUUAUUAGCAGUUCAGACAGUGCAACUGUCGCUCUCUGGUCAUGCACUGCAAUUACACGAUAAUGACGGCAUCAUAAUUUAAAAUUCAAGGAUAAAACACAGAAGAGGAAGGUUUUAAAAAGAAAAAACAUUGUGUGCUGAGCAAAAGAUAAACAUUCACCUGGCUCCCAUGCUGGCUGCCAGAAAUCCUCCCCUCCACACUCUCAGCCAUGCCUGCUACCACCAAAUCCUCCAGGAGACAGAAACCUGCACAGAGAAAAAACGCCAAGAAAGUGAUCAGCACCAAGAGGCAAACAUGUAACUCAAACAAACCCAGAGGAAGAGCCACAGAGAGGCCCCAGAAAACACCUGCAGAACCCAAAAGGUCAACAGCCAGGGCUCAGGCACAGUCAGGCCGAAGCCCUCGUGGAAGAGGCGUUAGCGUGCCUGCAAGUCAGGGCCCUGGGAGGUCCCCUGGCAGAGUUAACCAAGCCCUAAAUGUAAAAGGAUCUGCAAGGCUUAGGCGGCCGAGCAAUCCGCCUGACCACUGUGGUGAGUUACAGGACCCCCUAGGGCGAAGGAAGUCUCUGCGGGGCACACGGGUGCCUGUUACACCCUGCCAGCCUCCUAAACCUUGCAGAGGGAGAAACAGCAAGGGGGGCGCAAGGAAACAAGCAACAUCACAGCAAGGAAACACAAGAAACAAGCCCUCAAGCACCAGAGUCAAUGAUUCAUCUCCUUAUGAGGAAAAUGAGAAUCUAGACUCCUGUGAUGCUGAAGAAAUACUUCCGGUUUCUCUAAAAACUGAGGUUCCUGCGAGUAUCAAAGAUCAGGGUUCAGGAGUCAACUAUGCUAAAGAGGGCAGCCCUCUUAAAGCAGAUUCACCACCGUGUAACGACAUACUGGAAGAGUGUGUGCAGUGCAGCUGUGACAGUCCUAUAACCCAGCAAGACAAAAAGACUGUCAGUCAUAAGAGUGAAGGUGACCUGAGGUGUGCGAUUGGGGUGUGUGAUGAUGUGGAUGGACAGCUAAAACUCUGCAGUGACAGAAGUAAAGAUAGCCCCUCUGUGCUAACGAGUAUUGGCUCACCAGGGGUGCAGGGCGGCAGCAAGGGAAAUGACAGUUCAUCUAUCCUUGGAAAUAAACUUGAUCUUCUUGCAGGUAAUGGUAAGCAAGAUGAUGUAUAUUCUGUCCAUCAGGAGGAAGAUAACAUGUUGGACUUAAGAAAGAGUAGGACAGAUGAAAGAGUGAUAAUUGUCUCUGGGAGAAAAGAGAAGAUAAAUCAUGACAGAAGAGAGAGUUUAGAGGCAGAGAAAAUAGUUGAGAGUCAAAAUGAGACUGUGGAAGAGAUGGAGGAGAUGGUUGAGAGGCUGGGUAAUUGUGAAGGAGAAGAAGUAGGAAAAAAAGAGAAGGAGAAUGAUGUUUCUUUCAAUCCUGCUGACUCCCACACCAGCACACCAGCCUCUCCAUCUCCAGAUCCACCUCACUCUAACAAUGAACUGACGGCACUGUCAGAAUCACCUGUAAAUGUGCUAUCAGUCUGCAACACAGCUACCUCAAAUCCCACCAAAGCCCCCUCCACCUCAGAUGCACUUGAGCCAGAGGUUCUGAGCCAGGGUAAGACAGACAUGCAACCUACCAUUCAUGGUGCUAAACCUCAUUUCACAGGGUCCUCAGCAUUCGCUGAAACUGCCCUGAUGGUGCAGACUGUUCUUGUAAAAAGAAAUACGCCGGUUAUUAUCCGUAGUGACUCCUUCAAACCCAGGAGCUUGAGGGAUUCAAGCCAGGAGGAACCACACCAACUGCAAAACCUAGCGAUCCCUUCUCCUCAGGGAGAGAAAAAAGCUUGCACACCAGCAGAGACGCAGACCAAAGAUAGUGAAUCCAACCGAGAGCCAUUUGAGCACUACAUCCAGAAAGAGACGUCUACGUUGUCAUUGUCCCCCGUUCCUCAGUUGAGCACAGAUGCUCUUACAGCUGAGUGUGAACCAAACCUCAGCGAGGACAGUGCUGUGGUAACAGAGCCGAACUUGGUGCCAAAGAUCUCAACGCCUUCUCUGGACAGUAGCCUAACAUACUCCUGCAGCUCAGAAAGCACACGCUCUUCUUUUUCUUUUGACACUGAAUCAGAGGCAGGGUAUGGAGAACCCGGCUCCUCUGUUCUCCCUGUAUCCUGGGGGCCAGAUGGGGCCUGUUUGCCCUCCUGGACUGCUCCGAAACCACAGAAGAGAGAGAGGAAGAAGCGGAGCAGGUGUGGGAUGUGUGAGCCAUGCCUGAGGAAGAUCAGCUGUGGCCAGUGCAGUUGUUGCCUCAACCGCAGGACUGGCCACCAGAUCUGUAAACUGAGGAAGUGCGUGGAUCUGAGGAGGAGAAGAACUUCUCUGCUCGUUCUCUCUGCUGCACAGGUGGUUCCAGAAAGUGGGUCGGUAAAUGGCAAAGGCAAGGCACAGAUGGAUGACACCCACACGGCAGCAGAGGAGGAUGAAGGGGAGGAAGGCCACAUACCUCAUACACAAGCUCCCCCCAUCACCCACUCGCUUAACCACAACUUGGCCUCGGACCAAGGCGGACGGCCGGCACUUGUUAAAAGCGAGCCCGGGCUAGAGCUGACCAACAUUGCACUUCACCAAAACGUAUGCUCUUCUGUGACUUCUCUGAAUGGUUCUGCUGAGAACCUGAAAAAACCUAAUGGUGCUGAUAUGACCACUGGGUCACACUCUGAUCUGAAGUCUUCAUAUAAAAGGACUACUAAUGCAUCAGAGCCACAAAGGACUAUAAUAGCUGCAACCCCUAAAGACUGCCCUGAGAAUGGACCCAAGACUCCUCCAGACGACAUGUCAGUUCCACUAAAGAAGAUCAAACUGGAGGAGCCGUGGAUGUGGAUCACUGAACAGGCCACCACACAGCUGACUGAUGAAGAUGAGGUCUGUGAAGACCCGUUGUCCACGCUGGCGGCUGUGGUGUGUCUUUCUGUCACAGAGAGAAAGGGACUGGAGGAGAAACUUUUCAGCUCACGAUCUUCAAUUCUUUGCUCCAUCAAAACAGAGCCACCAGAUUUGCACUUCGUCAAAAAAGAGCCAGAGGACUUACAGAAUGACUUGUGUCAGAAAAGCACUCCUGUUAUCAAAAGUGAACGUCCUCCAAGUGUCUUGCAACCAAGCGUGCAGUCUUUGGCGGAGAGAAGAAAUCUUAGUUUUGAUCAGGCUAUUGCUAUUGAGGCCUUGACUCAACUGGCAGCUAUACCUCAAAGCACCCCAGGGUCCAUUAAAACUGAACGUAAGUGUGAACAUCCCAUUUCUACUUCGGCCCCAUUUUCAAGCUCCAACACAAAUACAACCCUGCAAGAAGCCAAACCCACUGCAGCUUUCCGCUACAACAAAGUCUCGGUCAUCAGCUCGCCACUGCACCAGACGUCAGUCAUACGCCCUCCUGUGGCAAGACAAGGGAAUGUCAUCCAGUGCUCCCAGGGGUCGAGCACUAACGCAAAGUUGUCUCUUCAGGAUCUCUUAGAGGCCAGCUCAGACAGAGAUAAAGCACCCUGCAGGAGGACAGAACCGGGUUUUGGUUCUCAUGUCAUCAAGUCAGAAUGCAGCUAUAAAUAUCCCAGCGACAUGAGACUCAGUAAAGAUCAUGAGCGAUUGUUUGGGGAGGACAGAGACAGGCUUUUUGGUAAAGCAAGGAGAAACAGAGAGGAGGAGGAGGUGGCAGCUCAGCUGGCAGACCUGGCCUUCAUCAUCCAGUCUCGACACAACCAGCAGUCAGAGAACAACCCUCCAAAAGGAACACCUGUGUCUGCCAUUAAAUACAACUAUAAUUCCCAGGUACCCCCCACUCAGAAAAAGCCAAUCGUGAAAAAAACAAGAGCUACGCCUUCCAAGCCCAGGAAGAAGAAAAGUGAUGUACCUAAUGAGGGAAUAAACUCCAGGACCCCCCUCUCAAAGCGCAUGCCAAAUGGAGAGACGGCCCAUAGGGGCAGAGGCCAGAAGAUCCAACCGCAGGGGAAAUCAGGCCUUCCCCACAAGAGGAACCUGUUUCUGCCUCAGUCUCAAAUUGACCUGAAGAGGUACUUGGCUGAGGCUCAGGAGGAAAGGAGGCAACUCAUCCAUCACAGUAACGCACACAGUGCAGCCCUCUUAGGGCCGCAGACUCAGAACUACAGCACUCUCCCAAGGGUCAACCACACUCGUGGUCCAGAAAACUAUCCAUGGUCACUUUCAAAUGGUCCACUCCACCAACACAAUCCAUGCAAUGGCCAUGCUGGGCAGGACUGUGAAAGGCAUUUGUUAUCUCAGGUAGCGCAACCCUGCGGCGGGCUGCAGCACAGUGCUGAUCCGAUCACCAGCCCAGCCAACACUGCUUUCCUUAGCCACUCCACUGAUCACCAUGGACUGGCUAAUGGCUUCUCAGGGGCUCGGCAGUCCCCUCCUCUGAGCCAGCAGGGCUACUACAAGCUGGAGAGGGCAGGACCUGUCACUGUCCUGUCCACAGCUACUGAUGGGGAUCUGGGCCACUCUGCAGAGUCAACUCCAUCCAAGAACAGCGUCAAUAGCUUUCUGGAGUCUCCUAUGAGUUUUUUGGACACCCCUACCAAGAACUUGCUCAAUACACCUUCCAAAAAACUGGCUGAUCUUCCAUCCUGUCAAUGCAUGGACCAGAUCAUUGAAAAGGAGGAAGGCCCUUACUAUACUCACCUUGGAGCAGGGCCUAGUGUUCCUGCAGUGAGGGAACUGAUGGAGAACAGAUAUGGUGCCAAAGGAAAUGCAGUAAGGGUGGAAGUCGUUGUUUACACUGGGAAAGAAGGAAAGAGCUCCCAGGGGUGUCCAAUAGCUAAAUGGGUGAUCCGGCGUGGCAGUGAACAGGAGAAGCUGCUGUGUUUGGUCCGCCGGAGGCCAGGGCACUUCUGUGAUACCGCCGUGUUGGUGAUCCUCAUCCUGGCGUGGGAGGGAAUCCCUCGACCGGUGGCGGACAAUCUCUACCAAGAACUCACACAGACCCUCUUUAAAUACGGCUCCCCCACCAGCCGACGCUGUGCCCUCAAUGAAGAUCGUACGUGUGCAUGCCAGGGUUUGGACCAAGAUACCUGCGGAGCUUCAUUUUCCUUUGGCUGCUCCUGGAGUAUGUACUUCAAUGGCUGUAAGUUUGCCCGCAGCAAAGUGCCCCGCAAGUUCCGCCUGCUUGGAGACUACCGGGACGAGGAGGAGAAGAUAGAGAGCAACCUUCAGAAUCUCGCCACUGACCUGGCACCACUCUACAAAAGGCUGGCUCCGGAGGCCUUCCAAAACCAGGUGGAAAAUGAGGCGGCAGGGACUGACUGCCGGCUGGGUGGGAGGGAGGGUCGUCCUUUUUCUGGGGUCACAGCCUGUGUGGAUUUCUGUGCUCACGCUCACAAGGACACUCACAACAUGAAUAACGGCAGCACUGUGGUUUGCACUUUAACCAAGGAAGAUAAUCGUGCCGUGCGUAACAUACCAGAAGAUGAGCAGCUCCACGUUCUGCCACUCUACAAGAUCUCUGAAAGGGAUGAGUUUGGUCACGUUGAGGGCCAGUGGGCCAAGAUCCGAAGUGGUGCUCUGCAAAUUCUGUCCGCUUUUCCCCGAGAGGUGCGUUUAUUGGCUGAGCCGGUGAAAUCAGCUCGUAAGAUAAGGCAAGAAGCUCGUCAGAAGGCUCAAGCAGACAAACUGGAGAAGAAGCUCGCGCUGACUCCUGGGAAAGUGAAAAACGAAACCCCCAACAAAGAGCCACAGGGCUUGUACAACUCAUACAGACUACCACCCAGACCUGCCAGCGUUGGAAGGUACCCACCGGAGAAGAAUCAACCAAGCACUUACAACCAGAGCACCAGCAGCUACCCCACUCUGGGUGCAGGGGUCACCCCACCGAAGGAGGUCUUCUCCCCCAACCACCAUGGCGUCCAGUUUGGACAGAAUGGCUCACCUCUUAAUUUUAAGACAAUGAGUGAUGCUGUGAAUGGUUAUUCUCCAGCAUCUGAUAACCAGGGUGUAUUUUUACCUCCACAUAAUGUCCUUGGUGACUACCCCCAUGCUUUUAAAAAUGAGCCCAACGAGGUGCACUGCUCUCCUCUGCGCAGACCCUCCCCCAGUGGGAGUGCUCCUCCUCCCUCCUCCUUCUCCCCCAGACCUACCUCUGAGGGCCUCUUCAGCAGGCUCAAUGGACUCCACAGGGCUGCAGGAGAUGUCACGGCAGAGGUCAGGGGUCAUGGCCUCCCUCCGCUCUCAUCUGUCCCCCUUCCCCCACAAACUCCCCCGCUUGACCCAGAGGAAGUUAAGCAGGAAGAGGUGUGGUCAGACAGCGAGCACAACUUCCUGGACCGGGACAUAGGCGGAGUCGCCGUGGCACCGUCGCACGGCUCAAUCCUGAUAGAGUGUGCACGGCGCGAGCUCCACGCCACCACCCCUAUCCUUAGGCCAAACCGCAGCCACCCCACCCGCAUCUCCCUGGUCUUCUACCAGCAUAAGUCUCUAAAUGAACCAGGCCACGGGAUGGCUAUGUGGGACGCCAAAAUGGCCAAGCGGGAACGGGAACGGGAGGAGGAAGCUGAGAGAUUAAGGAUGGAGGAAUUACUCGGGCAGAACGGCAAAGGAGCUGGAGGUGUGGAGCUAGAGGGGGAGACAGGGGAGGAGGCAGAGGAGACGAGGAAGAUCAUGAAUGUCCCCACACGUCAAGCGUGGACUCUCCCGAGGGAUGGUGUCGUUACCGUGUCCCCUUAUGCUCUUACCCAAGUGACAGGCCCCUACAAUCGCUGGACUUAGUGAACAUGUUUUACACACACACACACAGACACACAAAAAACUCCAACACCCUGUGCUUCUGCCUUACCUCAGUCCACUUCAAACUGCUACUUUCAUUUUUAACCUCGUUUUCAUUGUGCUUUUCUAGUAUCUGUUUGUUGACUUUGCUCCUUCUUCGUCUCUGCCGUCAAAGUGAUGAGGAAGACCAAAGUUUGUUGGCUUUUUUAACUGUGAGUUUCUGUGUUUUUAUUGUAAAGAGAUGGUGCUUUGAAGCAUUUUAAAGACAUUUUUAAACUGGUUUUAUAUACAUGAUUAAGAACAAAAAAGAUGUGAUUAUUUAUUCUGAUCAUAACGAUUUCUAUUUAAUUCCUGGUGUAAGCCUGUUUACUGCAAGAUUUCUAUGAUAACCUCCAUUAUGUGUUGACGCUCGAAAUUCAUGUUGUACAGUAGGGUGUCUUUAUUUCAGCCAAUAGUUUGCUUGUCAUAAGAUGAAUCUCAUUGGCUUUUACGUUGGUGCCAUUCUCACUGUACCCUCUGUUAAACAUCAUUACAUCACAUAAUGUAGAAAACUAAUAUUCUGCGUAUAUUUACUACAGAUUGUCAAAUGUAGCAUCCUGUUUUUCCUUCUGCUGCCUCUGAUUUCUGUUGGCAGUCGAUGAAAGAAAUGUUCUUCUUUGGUUUGUUGUUUUCUUUCUCUACGUCUACAUAUUCUUUCUUUCAUUCACAGAUAUGUAUGGCAUAUUAAGAAGCACUUUUUUUAUUUUCUUAAACUUAACUUGAAAAAGGUCCCAAUCCAUAGGCCUGAAUAUGUAUGUACAGAUAGAGAUAUAUAUGACAGUUUAGCAUGAACCCGGCUUUAUUUUUACAGUAUUUUUGCAUUUGUUUCAUUUUCAUAUAUUAGACUGAAAAUGGCAUACAUAUCUAAUGAAAUUUAAAGCUUAGCAUAAUGAGGAAUGGUAAAAAGCUGCAACAGUGAGGUGCUUAUCAUUAUUGGCACUUAACCUAUGUUCACCUUCUGGAAAAGGAAUUCAAGAAAAUAUGGUGUGAUUAUAGGAUUUCUAAAGCUUACUGUACAUUUUGAUGGUGCUACUAAGACCUCAUUUUUCACAAAGUGUCAGAUAUGUCAACAGAAUAUUACCAGUUUUUAUGUUCAUACUCUGGAUUUGAAUACAAAGCGGUGUCCGUCGAUGUUCAAUCAUCAAUCUAUUUCUUUUUCCUCCUCUCUGCUUUUGUUGAAAAACCACUUAAACAUCAGAUCCUACUCAGACGAGAAGACGAUCUCGGGUGCUCGAGCCUUGUGAAGACUUUGUUUACAGAUAACUUUUUCCUUACAGGGUCUGAAUGAGGGGGUUGAUGUCAACUUCUGGUGAAUCAGGAUCUUUUUUAUUACCCAUGAAAGAGAAGCUCGUCGUUUUAAGAACUCAGCUAUGAAAUUUCAGCACAAACGAGACCUUUCUCUGAUAUUCACACUAACACUGGUGGUAUAAAUGUUUCCUGUGAGAAACAUUUUGGUCUUUCACACACUUUGACUUCCUUUUGGUGCUAAUAGGACAAUAUUGACUUGACCUGGUUAUAUACUGUGCAGUGAUGGCAUGGUGCUUUUAUAAAACUCAGCACACACUGAUCUGGUAUAUGUUUCAAUGCAAAGGUAGUUUUAUCAUUUUUCUGGAUGAUGCAAACGUUAUCUCCACCCUUGAUCAUGAUGUUUUUCAAUUACCCGUAAAAAGCUAAUUAUUGUGCAGAUGUCGAUAAAGAGCUUAAAUGUCUUCCACUGAUAACCAAACUCUGCAACAAUUCUCAAAAAUCACAAAAUACACACAGAGUAAAAUGAAUGUAAACAUUUUUUAAAUCAGUUGAUUUAACUUUUUUGAGCACGACAUGGGAAAGUUACAGUUGUAAAUGUUUCUUUUGAUUUCCUGUGGGGGACGUUCUCUUCACUUUGAAAGUCUUUGUAUCAACGAGGAACUAACAACUAGCACCAGCAUUAAAAAAUCUGAAAAAAAAACUUUUAUUAGUAGAAAAAUGUGUAAAUAUGUUUGUGAACCAUAUUGUUUUUACUGUACUGUUAAUGGUGUUUAGACAAUGGAUGAUCUUGCUUAUUUUGAAACUGAAUUACUGUACGUUGCUGAAAGUAUAUCCAGUUUAGACUUGAGAAGAGACUUAAUUUAGCAUUCCUUAUAUGGAUGGCUGAUCUCUUUUUGGGAUUGUGAAAUAAAGUCAUAUUUAUAUUUUGGACCUGA